UCUAGUCUAGCUCUAUGUCCGGUGGUCAUGGCAACAGGCGAGCUUCGGCAACCAAUAGCGAGUCACUAUCCUCCUGAAACGCCGUAGCCACUCCAUGGAGAUGCGGGCCGCCAUCUUGGAUUGAACCGUAUAUCGGGCGUUUGCGCAGCCGCUGGGUCGAGGAAAAUGAGCGGACCCAGGGCGCGAUCGGAGCCUACGGCCGCUAAUAAUGACGAGGCCGCCGAUCUGGGUUCCCCGCCCACCCGAGACCGCAAGCCUGGCGGCGGUGUAUUGAAAAGGCUAAAGUCACGGAAGAUCCAGGCAGACAGCCGAAUCGUGACGGAAGAUGAGCUGAGGACGCUGGGGAGACCCAUCACCCCGGAGGACGUGCUGGGGCUGCGGACCGUCACCAGCGAUUACCUGUGCAAGCCAGAGGCCAACAUCUUUAAUAUCGACUUCACACGCUUCAAGAUCAGGGACCUGGAGACAGGGACUGUGCUGUUUGAGAUUGCCAAGCCCCCCAAUGCUGGUCUGGAGGAAGAGGAGGCAGAGGGGGACGAAGAGAAUGGGGACCUGGAUUCCAGUGCAGGCCGCUUUGUGCGCUACCAGUUCACCCCGGCAUUUUUGAGGCUGUGUACUGUCGGAGCAACGGUGGAGUUCACAGUGGGCGACCGUCCCGUGCCCAGCUUCCGCAUGAUCGAGAGGCACUUCUUUAAGGAUCAGCUACUCAAGAGCUUCGACUUCGACUUUGGCUUCUGCAUUCCCAACAGCCGCAACACAUGCGAGCACAUCUACGAGUUCCCGCAGCUUCCCGAGAGUCUGGUUCGCCAGAUGGUGGAGCACCCUUACGAGACCAGGUCUGACAGCUUCUACUUUGUGGACAACAAGCUGAUCAUGCACAACAAAGCCGACUAUGCUUACAAUGGCGACUGUCCAUAGGCAGCAGAAAUGUGGACUGUCGGAAGGAGCAAAAGCCUGGACCAUCUGUUGGUCGCCCAGGACCGAGUAGAGAAACACUGCACUAAGAUACUGAAACAGGAAGUGAUGAAAUGGCAGCUCGUGUCGGCCAAUCACAGCUCACCCCAAAAGUCUGAGUGGGCACAAUGAGAGGAAAAACAUAUCAACACAUUACGUAUAAGCAGAUAUUUUAUGGUUAUAAGUAUUUAACCACCCUUUUGCACCAAAAUAUACAUGAUCUGAUGCACUGACCUGUGUAUUAAUAACUAAAACAGUUCUUAGUGCUACAGCUAGGUGUAAAGUUGGGUAUCUUGUCCAUGUUGGAAUGGUUUAGGCCUUUGGAACAGUAACAUUUCUGCGUGUUUGGUGAAGGAACUUGGUAAUCAAGACUACUCUAAGUCUCUAAGCUGCUAAUUUUUUUUUUUUUGAGGUUAUUUUGUACUAUUAUCCAUUUUUGAAAUAUUCUUUGGGGAGUUGGUGGUAACCAUGGAUUUGAGGACAAGAAGGACAUUUUGCUUAAUGAAGGUUUUUACAAUUGGAGAGGACAUUUUGAAAUAUAAAAUCUGUAUGAGUACAAAUACAUUUUGUAGCAGCAUGUCUGGUGUAAAUUUGCCUUGUUUGUAAAAUAUAUAUAUAUCUAUUUUGCCAACAGCAAUAAUAAAUGUUAUUUUUUUCCCCACA